AUGUGUUCUUUCGUGAGAGUAGGGUCCCCUAAAGGGUUGGGUGCACACAAGGGAUUAGGAACUUCCCUUGAGACAGGUACAGCUCUCCCCUUAGAGAUAGUGUCUGAGAGGAAACCUCCCCAGAGCAUGGAGGUUGGUCUCACCCACGGAGGAAAGGAUGACUUAGGAGAGAGGGGGGUCCUCAUGGGAACAAAAUCUCCCACGGAGUUAAGGUUCAGAGUGGGAUUAGGAAAAGAAGAUUCUUCAUGUAGGGAGAGCCUCCUGGGUAGUAAUAAAUUUGAGGAGAGGAUAGCAUCACCAGAAACAAAAUCUCCAUUGAGCAAGGAGCUUGAAAUGAAAUUAAAAAGACAGAAUCUUUCUAGGACCCUCCUGGAGAGGAGUAAUUUAGGAGUCUCUGGGGUCUCAGCCUCCCAGGAAACAAAAUCUUCUCUAGGUAUGUUGCCAGGAAGAAUGGGCUUAGAAAAUGAGUGUCUUCUGGGAAGGUGUUCUGGAAGGAUAAUACAGCCUCACUUGGGCAUGGUAUGCGAAAGUCCACAGGCUCUAGGGAGCAGGAGAGGUUCUGUGGCUGGUUCCUCUGAAGGGUUAGGGGCUUCACUGGAGAAGCAGCCUACUUUGGAUAUGGAACCUAGACAGGAACUGGGAAAAGAGACCUGUGUGGUGAUGAAGCCCCGUGCAGAGAUGAAGCCUCCUGUUGAGGUGGACACUGGUCUACCCAAACUAGAAGAGCCAGAUAAUACAGGGCCCCAAAUAGGCUUGAUGAUAGAACCUUCUGAGAGCCAGUUUGCCCAACAACCUGAAGAGAGAAAGGAGGCUGAAAACACUGAACCAGGAGUAGAACCUCCAGAUCGCAUCACACCCAUAUACUCUGGGAAAUUUUUUGAUCGGAUGCCUUGCUGGCCAAGUGCAGGGAAAGUUAUUCCUAUUGGACACAGAGUUGCAACCUGUUUGACUGAAAAACUUCCUAGGCUAAUUACUCCACCUGAGGCAAAAAAAUUUUUCAACUAUAGAUAUCCACCUGCUGGAGCUGAAAGAGUAUUUUAUGGCAGAGCAAAUGAUCCCCCAAUCGCUCCUUAUUUGACACAUGGAAUAAGAUCUAAAAUUUCGAUACCGGCAAAGGUAUUGAUCAACCCAGAGCCUAUAACAACAUUUCAACAGAAAAUUAAAGAUAAAAAGCAGUCAGUAUAUUUUAGCAAUCAAUGGGCACCACUAGGAAAAUCUCAUGAUCAAACGCCAGGAUUACCUAAAGGCCUGGAUGUACUCAAUACGACAUUUGGGACAACAGUCAUCAGAGAAUCAUCUGCUAGAGAUGUAGUGAAUCCACCAAAACCCUAUGAAGAAGUAUUUAAGGAAGGAAAGGAAGGACAUGAUCUGUAUAUUGUUUCUCACAACGAUUAUUGUGUGGGAGAAGCAAAGAACCGAAAGUAUAACCCAUCAAGUUUCCAUAGGUUUAACUUGUAUGGGGUCCCAACACCACAUUUUAAUGAUGGAAGAGCCAUGGCAAAAACUUUAUAUUGGCUCCAUGAGCUACAAAUGAAAAGAGGAGCUAAGGUCGUAUCCAAGAGAGUUGAUGAUUUCAAAGAAAAGUUUCAACAUAAACUUGGAAGAGUUUUAGAUCCCAUUGCAGAAACAAUGACUGUUCCCCCAGACCACACAUUUGGAGCUUGUCUCCGUGCUGAGGAGUAUGGAGCUGGUGAUCUCAUCCAUAACAGACUUCCGGGUGAAUAUCUUCAAGGCAAGGAUAGACAGAGAGCCCAGAUCGCAGCAGUGCGACAUCGCUUGAAGAAAGUUAACUACCAAAACUUUGACACUUUGCUGGCAGCCUUCAGGCACUAUGAUAAGAAUGGAGAUGGGGUGAUAGAUAAAGCCGAGCUUCGGGAGGCUUGUGAACAGGUCAGCUUGCACUUAGAUGAGAAGCUCCUGGACCAGCUAUUUGACUACUGUGAUGUGGAUAAUGAUGGGCUGAUUAACUACCUAGAAUUUGCAAAUUUUCUUAACUGGAAAGAUAAAAUGCCUCUUAAAGAGUAUGAAGAGAGGGUCAUUAUUAAAGGUAGAAAACCAGAUUGUGCAAACCCUGCUGAGGCUAAUGUUGAAGAAUCUGAACCAACUCUCCUGAUAAAGCCCGAAGAUAUUGUCUUAAAAGAACCAGGGAGCUCAGGAAAGACUCUCCGGACACUUCUGAGGCCAAGUGAUACAGUUUCUAAUCACUAUAAGACAACUUCUUCUGAGAUCAGUGCGGUUGUAGGAGCUGUUCCUUCUACUUGUUAUCCCGUCUAUGGUGUUCCAACCAUUCGGUCUGAUAUUCCUGCCCCCCGAAUUCGUCGCGUCAGUGAUAGAACUAAUUAUGGUGAAGAGGGCAAUGCCUAUUCGUUACUACAUCCUUCCAUCUUUAGCCAGAAAGGAGUGUUUGAAAGAGACUUCUUUAAGACCAGAUCAAAAAAAGAGAUUGCAGAGAUAUUAUAUAAUAUUGGUGUCAAGCUUUCUGAUGAAGAAUUUGAAAAUGUAUGGAAUCUUGCAUCAAAAAAACAUCACAAAGGAGAAGUUUGUGUUGAGACCAUCAGAAACGUUCUGGAUGAGCUACAACAUGCAGACCGGGUCAAGUGUAAAACAGCCAUGUGA